CAAGUAGUGGGGAACUGUUCGCCGCCUCGGUCCAGCUCUUUGGAACAUUCAUCAACCUCGACACUUCACGAUCGCUUUUCUGCACAAUAGUCUGGCCUAGUGCAAUCAAACCUUUUGCAAUCGCUGCUACGCCUGGGCUGUUUUCUGAAAUUGAUCUUGGAAGUCGUUUGCCACACCCGAACCAUAUCGACGCAGAAUGGCGCAACCACCGGCGGCGCUGAAGCAGGCCGAUAGCAACCUGUUUAAAACGGCCAACCGAGCAGUCCAACUAGCAUCGGCGAAGCCCAUCGUCACCUACUGGUGCGAAUACUAUGUCGUUAACCAAAUACUCGCUCGGCAACUCCAUCAGGAGGACCCGGAAAUACUCAACUACACGACAACAUUGAUGGACAAGCUUGAAGAGGCCAAGACAAAGUUUGCCGCCGAAGAGGCUGUCAUGGACGAUGACGUCGCCAAAGUCUACAUCGAACAGUUUGCGCAGGACACUCUAGACAGGGCGCAGAAGGUUAUUCGCGCAAACAAGUGCACGCAGCAAACGGCAAAUACGUUUGAUGCGGCAGCUACCUUUCUCAACUUGCUCAGCGUAUGGGGACCCCUUGACGCCGACACCAAGCAGAAGAUCAAGUAUGCCAAGUGGAAUACGGUGCGAAUCCUCAAGGCGAUCAAAGAGGGAACAGACCCCAACGAAUCAAAUCCCAAGCCCGAGCCGGAACCUGCAGCACUGGAAGCUGAUGAGCUUAAUAAUAUGGGUGUGACGAGCCCCUCUGCAGGCCCUUUCCCAGCAACUGUCGAGGAUGCUCCCGAGUCAAGCUCCAUCAGGGGCGACCCCUCCUUGGUGUCACAACCCCAGACUCCCGCCUCAGCAGUCGCACCCCAUCAACAAGACUCCAUGACACUACCAGAUGCACCCCAUGGAAACGCUGGCUACUUUGAUCCAGCUGCCACCCCGCAACCGCCGUCGAUACCCUCACCAAUGUCUCCGCCCCUACAACCAUCAGCGGGACCCGGUGAUCUUCCACAGAGGUGGACACCAACACCACCAGCCGCAGAUACGGCGUUCUCCCCUCCGCCUCCAAAAGAAGAAAACAACCAGUACGCGCAGAACUCAGCCCCUGAGCCUGCUACUGCCCCUCCGACAUUUGCCCCAAGUCCGGCAGCAAUGCCUGCAGUAGCACCGCCCCCAGCAUUAGUUUCGCCCCCUGCUUCUUAUAUGAACAUGGCCCCGAACCCGUCAACGGUCAGCUACGGGCAGCCCUCAGCGCCUGCAAUCAGCAGCAACACAGCUACAGCUCAUGCAUCCACGGCACCAACGAUAGCGCCCGGGGGCUAUAAUGUGGAUGAUGCCUCCGUAAGGAAAGCACAAAAGCAUUGCAAAUGGGCUAUCUCAGCCUUGAACUUUGAGGACGCAGCGACUGCGGUCAGGGAGCUCGAGCUUGCUCUGCAAACUUUGGGGGCCAGGUGAGCUGUAGUCAAUUAAUUGGCGCGGCGACUCUGCAUGUAUUGUCAGCCUAACACGCCAAAUGGGCCCUGUCUGGGCCUAGGAGCUUUUGACGCAAAUGAAAAAAAAAGCUUCCCUAGACUUGCCUUGAGCUCGACUUGUUGCGGUACAAACCACUCUCGAGAUUUAUCUCGGCCUUUUCGAAUGGCAUUGAGGCUCAGCAUGUCAAUACUGGAGGCGCCAUGGAACCCGAAUGUUGAACGACUUUUCCAUCAUAUUUCAGUAAUAUCUCGUAUUGCACAGAAGCAUAGCGUAUCAUAUAUAGCUGCUGGUUGGCUCCACCCGGCUUUUCAUAUAUCCUUCCAAGACAAUUUUUGAGCUACAACUUGCCAGAUUUCUACUUGGUCUUCCGCGCGACCUUCUUGCAGCUUACGUGCACGGGGAAUUUCGAGAAGGCCCGGAAGCCCAAAAUGGAGGCAAUGUCUUCACUGAACCGAUCCGUCUCCUGGAAUUUCAUCUCAGCCUCGACGCUUGGCCAGCCGAUGAAUCUCCAGUAGACGGCCCAAAUGCCCGUCUCGUCACUGCUAUCACCAUGCAACGGGGUGUUGUUCUCAAGGCCCCAUCCCAUGCUUGCGCCUUUGAAGUCGUGAUACCCUUUCAGACCCUUGGUACAGCAUGGAUAGGCCUUUGGCCCUCAUGGGUGUAUAGUCUCUUGUGAUCUUUUCUUUUUCUUUUUCUUUUUACUUCUUAAAUUCUGUCAAUUACAUGUUUCAUCAUUCUGUUUGGACUGUGAAAUGGGAUUCCCAGUUUGUGGAUUAAGCUUGUCAGGGGUUUUGCAAUUGCAUCCCAAGUCAUCCUUGACAGUCGGUGGCUCGUCCCAUAUUUGUCGAGUUUGAGGGGUCGAACCGCCACGUUCCCCGCGUACAAACACAAGGGGGCGAGAAGGAUUCGACGUGAUCGGGCUGAACGCUGUCGACAUUCUCGGUAUCCUAACAGGAAGCACCAGGCGCGCUGGUUCAUGAAGAGAUUUUUUCUCGAAGGUUUUGAGGGCCAACUGGCCGUCAAUGCGGCUAUCUAAGAAAUAAUUACUUUCGCAGAGAUCAAGAGGUAUGAUUGAUCAGAACAAUGAGCACUGACAUCUCGCAAGAUCAGCUUAGUGGCCGAAGACUAGACCACUUUCGACAAUCUAGGUUCGUAUACGAAGCAUACCACGUACACAUCUACCCAUCACUAGACAUAGACUUGAGUCUGUUCGAUACAGAGUUUCGAACUCCAAGGUAGGCAGUAAAGUAUCCAGUUCGGUACCGGAGUACUGACCUUUGCAUUGCGCAUCUGAGCACAGGUAUUCGAGGAUUUAUAUGGGGCAGGAAGUUAUCUUAACUUUAGUGAGUCGCCGAAGCUGUGAAAGCAAACACUUGCCUAGUUAAGAAGGCUAGAUAUUUGGCCCAGUAACCCAUGUUUGUACCUUAUACCGGCAAAGAUGCUAAACCCGGAAAGUUCAAGCGCCCAAAUAUGGCCUUGCGGAAGUUAUGAUGAUUGGGCAUGAUACCGGUAAAUUAAACACCGCCGCCUUUGAGACACCAAAAAAAAAAUGAUUGCGGUAUUAGUCAACAUGUAGCGAAUAGUAAUGCGCCACAGGCACUGUCAAGUCAGCGACAGGUGGGGUCGACCUCGCAGGUAGCCAGUGAGAUUUCUUUCUCGUUGCAUCUC